UCCUCCAGAAUGCGUAGUGUCGGGUGCGCUUGCGCUGCUCCUCCGCGCGUCGACAUGCGCCGGCGUCUGCCCGCUACGCUUCACGCGGACCCCCGACGGCUGGCGCCCCUCUCCCUCCCCCUCCAUCGCCGCGGCACAGCGCCUCAUCAUGACUGUUUUUAACGCGGUGAUGCUGGCAGCCUUUAUCCUGGACAUCUGCCUAGAGCCCGGACAGAGGAUCCGCAUCGGCGAGACGACGCUGAAGAUGUUCGUGUGGAGCUCCGAUAUGCUGCUGAUGAUGAUGAUUGCCAGCGUCGCCGUCUACAUGGCGCCCAAGAGGAUGUACCACCUAGUUCACGUGCUGGAUCAGUUGCGACAGGUCAGCACAGAACUCAAAAUAAAUUCAUCGGCAGGGAGCGAAAGGACCAAAACCAUUACAAUCGUCUGCAUACCUUUGUGGGCAGCCUCCAUCUUGAUAGCUGACUUUUAUAGUUUUUUGGGGCCCUUACUGGACGGCAAAUUGUGGUACAUAAUGUGCAUGUACGGGCCAUACUACGUAGGAAACCUGAUGGGAGUGCUUGUUCUUCUGCAAUGGAGCUGUGCCGUGCUCGCCGUGCAUGCCGCCGUGGUUGCCGUUAAUGAUGAGCUGGCAACGUUGCGCAGAGCUAAGUUCGAAUUGGAGCCAACUACAGCAUUGGAAGACUUGUUGAGACCACCGAAAUCUGAACGGAACACACUGAUCGACUGCUUCACAAAGCCAGCCAAGUCUCCAGGAGACUCCAUGACCCUGUCUCAAGCGCAAGCCACCAUUCGGCGUCUCGCUCUCACCCACGAGCGUAUAAGCGAGCUAACGAGACAGCUGAACGCGUCCAACGGCGUGUUCCUGAUGUUCGUUCUCAUGUCUACGUUCAUCCGGCUGGUGCUGACUCCAUACUACCUUCUGCAGAGAUUUGACCAUGAUGAAAGGAUCCUGUACGAGUUGCUAUUACAGAUCAACUGGAGCUUGUUUCACGUCGUCACACUCCUCUUGACGAUAGAGCCUUGUCACUGGACACAGGAGCAGAGGGAGCGCACCCAAAUCCUGCUAAGCCAGCUGAUCGUGCACCUGGCCCCGAAGUGCGAGCGGCUCUCGAAGGAGCUGGAUCAGUUCGCCAAGCAGAUCCUACUCAGCAACGCCAAGUACAUGCCACUCGGCGUCUACGCGCUAGCACGCCCGCUCAUGGCUACGAUUUUGGGCGGAGUAACGACUUACCUGGUGAUAAUCAUCCAGUUUCAGAAGAUCUCUGACCAACUUUAGGAUUGAAUCGGAACCGAUGCCAAGACAACGCAUUUCCCUGAAUUCACAUCACACGAGCUGAUUACUUACUUACUGCUGUGGCGCAAUGAUCCGAAGUGGAUCUUGGCCUCUGAGGGGCUACCGCGAAAACCGAAAUUCGCAAAUUGCGGGGUUUUUCUCUGUCACUCUAAUUACACCUUUUGGAGUAAAAGAGAAAGGUCCCCGCAAUUUGCGAAUUUCGGUUUUCGCGGUAGCCGCUCUGAUACUAAAGACCGCCAUGCUACUCUGUCUAAAGCCGUUUCUGUCCAGCCGACGGCGCCGAGUUCGCUAAGGUCUUUCUGCACGAGUUCAACGAGGUGAUUAUUUUCAGAAAUUCAAAGUCAGAUUUUCUAUGGUCACUUAAUAAAUUCAGAUAUUCCGUGACAAUAGAGAUAUUUAGAUUGAUAUUCAGACAAUGAAAAUUUUAGCUUGUGCGUGACGUGGCUUAGGGCUUUUCCUGACUUCGUAGUGCGAUAUCAGUAUCAAUAUUAUCUAUACAACCAUGACCCCUAUUCGGCAAGCGACGUUUGACGUAUCGUGUUGAUCUCCCGUUGAUGCGGGAAAAAUCAUAAGUUCUCGAAUACGUACAAUGUCAAAAUUUGACAUAACAAUCCACAGUUAGGGUGACAAGCAAACCAAACCGAAGCACCCUUAGUUUAGAGUUGAGUUUUGGUUGUACCAAAUGAUAUUAUCCACCGUUGAUGGAUUCAACGCGGUAACGCAGCGAGUGUGAUGGGCACUUUUGCGCCGGGGGUAGCGCGGGGAGGCCUCUUUGAGUAGUUUUUAUAUUCCUUAUUUUAUUUUAGAUAUAUUUAGGGUUGUUAGUUUUAAUUUAGUAUUAUUUAUAGAUGUAUUUAGUUCAUAAGUUAUUUAUUUGUUUUUCUACUGUCUUUUUCCUAUGAAAUAAAUUAUUCUUCAUGUUGAUGGAAUCAACACUCAGUAUGCGAUAAAAUCAACUGUUGAUUUGACGUGGAUGCGAAAUCUGACAGUUGUACGUGUCGAAUUUGGCCCAGGCGUAUUCUAUUUUUAAUAAUAGGAUAUGAAUUCGAUCUGGAUUGCAUGGGUAUGGAUCGAAUUCAUAUCCUAUAAAUAAAAUUAGAAUACGCUUCGCCUCCCGCCCACGUAAUCUCGCCGAUCAGUAAAAAAUAAGUCUGUCGGCCCAAUUCGAACUUUAAGAUACGUUAAAUGUUACGCCUAGAUACGAUAUGGAUUAGAUGUGUCAGUACUAUGAAUAAAUAUUGUUUGAAUAGUAAUAUAAAAUGUGUUAUCCUUCACGGUCGAAUUAA